AUACUUGGUAAGCGACCAUAUGACAAGCACGAAGAAAAUUUGCUGUCAGACGAUUAUUCCUUAGAAGGCCUUAUGAGUGCCGAGUUCCCAGAGGACAUACCACUUGACGAUUUAGCUAAAGAAAUAGCUGAAGUGUUGGGGGAACGAGAAGAUAGCAUUAUUCCAAGCCGGGCGCUGAAGCUGUUUAAUGAAGUUCGAGAUAUAGAAGCUACUGGUGGUAUGAAAGUUUUCGAUGGUUCCAGACGCCGAACUCCGGGCGGAGUAUAUAUGGUUCUUUUUAAAUCAGAUCCUGACGUUCCUCAAGAAAUCAAGAUGACUAAAAUGGCGGAUCGUUCAGUUAAGAAGGGGAAGCGAAGAAUUAAGGCUGCUGAUGGCAAACGAAAUAAGGUUGGUUUUAAAAGAAUGUUCAUUUUCUUUAAGUAA